AUGUCGUCUUCUGAAGCAGCGAAUGCUGCAAGUAGCCACCAGGAGCAGAGAGAGCAGAAGGUUCUUGAUGUCAUGUUUCUCUGCGACGAAUGGAAAUCUUCGAAGGGUGGAUUAUCGACUUUUAAUCGAGAAUUUGCCAUUAAUUUGGCAGAAGCGACGACUGGUAGCAUGAAAAUCCACUGCUAUGUCUCUAAUAGCGAUGAUCGGGACAGAGAAGAUGCUGAACAACAUGGUGUCAAUUUAAUCACAGCUCGAAGUGUUCCUGGUUCAGCCGACCCCCUCGAGUGCUUGAAGUUUCCGCCCUCAAAGCUCCCAAAGCCACAUCUUGUAAUAGGCCAUGGAAGAAAGCUGGGUAGUCCUGCGUAUUCCCUUGUGCAGAUUACAAAGUGUAAAUGGAUCCAAUUUGUUCACGUCUACUGUGAGGACCUUGGGAAAUAUAAAGAAUCUGCCACGGCUGCAGAAGAUACAAUCGAAGAGAACGAGAAGAAGCAUAAGAUGGAAAUUGAGUUGUGUGAAGCAGCGGAUGCAGUUGUCGCCGUCGGCUCCCGUCUACAACGGAAGUACAGCAGACGUCUCCUUAAUGUUGAAGUGAAGAUUAUCACUCCUGGGAUUUUUGGAAAGUUUACCAGUGAAUCAAAGUUGGCUGUAGACAGAUCGGUAGUAAAGAAUUUCAACGUGUCUAUGUUUGGCCGAGCUGCCUUCGAGGAUCUUUCCCUGAAAGGCUAUGAUUUAAUUGCAAAUGCCAUUGGUUCUCUUGGUAAGAACUUUGAGUUGACAUUUGUUGGCUCAUCUCCCGGUGAACAACGAAAAGUUGAGCAAUGGUUUCUUGACAACACGUGCAUCAACCGCAACCAAUUAACCAUCCGUCGAUAUUGCAGUGAACAAGAGGAACUCAAGGUGAUGUUCUAUCAGUCAGAUUUGGUUGCUCUGCCAUCCCGCACUGAAGGAUUUGGGCUUGUUGCCCUCGAAGCCAUUUCUGCUGGUGUUCCUGUUCUAGUCUCUGGUGAAUCUGGCAUAGCUGAGGCUUUGCAAAAAGUAGAAGGUGGAAACACUGUCAUUGUAGGAUCAGAUGAAGAUGAAAGUGAAUGGACACGAAGGAUUAGAGAGAUGUAUGAAGAAAGUGCGGAAGAGAGAGAAGCCAAUGCUGUGAAGCUUCGCGAGAACUACAGGAAGGUUUACUCUUGGAAAGCAGAAUGUGAGAGGUUUAAAGGGCUGAUUGAGAAAGUAGUGGAAAAUGGUAUGUUCAAUGAUCAAAAAUUAAAAAUCAAGGUUGAUGUGGAACACAUGAAACUUGGAGAUCAUAAUGCUUACAGUACAGCUUCAGUUUCAGCACUGGAGCCAGCAGGAUAUCAGAAGGCAUCCAUAGCUUUGGGCACAAAGAGAAAAAGACAAUCUGAUACAGAUUUAGAAGAUCUCCUACCACUUGAAAAGAAAGUCCUGUGCUCGAUUGCUAUGAAUUACCUUAAUACUACACCACCACAAAGCAGGGAUGAACGCAAUGAGUUUCUGGAAUUCUUAGAAAAAACUAAGGUACUCAUUACAGGUGUUUCUGUAGGAAGUUUGGUGAUAACAGUAAAGUGCGAUUCUCUCAAGAGCUUGGAGGAAUUAUGGAGAGAGUACUCAUGCAGCCUUUUGGGUAAGAUGGUUCAAGAUUGUUUUGUGACAGAAAAGAUCUUGAAGGAACUGAACCUGGCAGAACUGAAGCUGAAAACAACAAUGGACAUAGAAGAGUACAAUGCAUGCAAAUUGUACUUUCUCGAGAAGGAUGCACUCAGAGGUGCUUUAUCUUCUGAAUUCCACUCCACAAGUUCAACCAGUAAAAGUCUACAAAAACAAGAAGAGCUGGAAAAAUGGAAACAGAAGACAAAGAUUGUUGAGACAGAGAAACUGAAAGGAAUUUCACCCCUCACAGUAGAACCCACUACUGGUGAUGGAAAAGAACUUAUAGAGAAGGAGCAACAAGGGAAAGGUGAAGAGGAAGCUCAGUUUGAAUUAAUUUCUAAAGUGAAUAUGUUCAGUGUGUUCAGCUAUUAUGUCAAGUGGAUGUUGCCUCUUCACAGAUCUUCCACCUCUGAUCCUGAAGAAAAACUAGAAGAGCUACGUACGAAUCUCAAGAAACAACUUACUUGCUCGAUUUGUCUUGAUACCUACACCGAACCUAAAACUAUAUCAUGUCUUCAUACAUUUUGCUGUGAGUGUUUAGAGAGACAUGCAAGAGUGAGCCAGAGACAAGGGAAAUUCCGAUGCCCUGAGUGUCAAGUAGAAAUCAAUUUACCAGAAGGAAAUCGCUUUGACUGUUUGCCUAACAGCUUUUUGCACAAAAGUCUGUUAAGUGUCCUUCAAGCAGAAAGUUGUGAAGAUACUUCACCCUCCAAUGUAUCACUCACUGCUGGUCACAAAAAAAAAUGGGAAGUAAGACACAGCACUGGAAAAUUUCAGGAAAAGGAAGGUACUUCACCCCUCACUGUAGUACCCAUAACUGGUUAUGGAAAAGAAUUGGAAGAACCUUGGGGAAGGAAAGUUAAAGGUAGUGUUGAGUUUCCAGGCAUGUUGCCUCUUCCUGGAUCUUCCAUCUUUGGUCCUGAAGAAGAACUAGUAGAGCCACAUAUGAAACUCCAAAGAAUAAAAGGUACUUCACCCCUCAUUGUGAUACCGACCACUGGUCAUGGAAAAGAACUAGAAGAACCUUGGGGAAGGAAAGGCAUGUUGCCUCUUCCUGGAUCUUUCACCUUUGAUCUUGAAGAAAAACUAGAAAAGCUUUAUAUGAAACUUCUAACGAUAAAAGGUUCUUCAUCUCUCCCCGUCGCUGAUCUUGAGGAAAAGCUAGAUCAAGUAUUUGAGGAAAUUCGGAUGCUGAGAAUGGAAGGUAAUUUUUCUGUCCUUAAACUUUCAACCAUUGAUCUUGAGAAAAAACUAGCUGAACUAGGCAUGGAGCUUCACAGGCUCAGAAUGGAAGGUACUUUGCCUCCCCCUGAACUCUUUACUGCUGAUCUUGAAGAUGAACUAAAACAACUUCGACGACUUAUUUGUAUACUUCAAGAUAGAAAAAGAGAGAAAGGUAGUUCACAUUCCCUUUUUCCCAUCAUUGAUACAGUAUUUAGACUACGCCGGGAACUUGAGAAAGUCAAGGUGGAAG